UAGAGAGCGUGCAGGUACUUGUCUGCUGUGUUGUUGCCAGCGGUUGGUAAUCGAAUGGCUGUGACUGAUCGGUGAGCCUGCACCGUGUUACCUGCAUCGGUAUCACACACGCAUUCUUACUGCGGCGGAAGAAAAGGGCCGAUUGUUACGCGUAAGACAGGAAUGAAUCGAACUGAGGAGUAGAUCUAUCAGUAUACUUGGUAUUUGAAUUAUAACAUUGAAUCCACUCCUUGCCUGAGAACAACUUGAGUCAUGGAUGAGUUGUAAGAAACUUCAGAUCACACAAGCGGCUCCUAAUGGAUCCAAGUAAAAUCAGAGACUCGCUGUUUCGGAAAUACAUACAGAUUUGUGAAUUGAAAUUAAGUGAAAGUGAUUUCGUAGAGGAUGCAAGCCUUAAGAAGAUGGCUACAUCCUUACUUGAUUUGUAUCGCCAGGAGCCAUCGGAAAGGUUUAAGUUAUUCAGAUUUUAUGAUAUUGUGGAGAAUUCCUUGAAGAUGGUCAAAACAUCAAGCUUAAAUGCACUCCUUACUGCCUUUGGAGUUCUGGAAACCUUCUGCAUUAACCUCUUUCUUUAUCCUUGGAAAAAGGAAUUUAAAACUAUAAAGACUUUUACAGGGCAUUUUGUCUACUAUAUCAAAUCCGCAAUGUGUGAAGAUGAUGUAUUUAAUAUCCUGUAUUUUAUAGGAUAUGACUAUGAAAAGGAAAUGUAUGAACUGAAAAGCAAAGUAAACACUAAUCAUGUGAAAUUCAUUUCUUUUGAACUUUUCUUGGCUGGAAUUGAGUGUGAGAAUUUACUUGAAAUUUAUUCACAAAUUAAAAUGAGGGGUUAUUCAGAGCUUAAUGUAGUGCAAGAACGUAAGAACAGCACAGAUGAUGUGAGAGGUUGCAUUGACGCCAUGAAAAGACAACGAAGAUCAAUGGAAGGCUUGCAUACAUCAAUGGUUCAAAUGGACUUCCGCCGAUCAGACAAUGAACGGUUAACAAACAAUUUUGGGAAACACUUGAUGUACAAAGCUUCACCUGUCGAUAAUGAUGAAACUUUGGAAAAGCAGUUAAAUAAAAUUCAUUUGACACCUGGACAUCGUAAAAAGGAAACAGUUUAUGAUUCUUCUGAUGACAUAACUGAUGAAAUUUUUCGUCCUACUCCGUCACUUCUUGCUAUGUCAAGUUCCCCUCGUGGCGGCUCAGAGGAAUACUUGCAAUCUCCCAAUGGUAGCUGGAGAGCAGAAUCCAAUUUUAACACUCCUUACCAUACACUUGAUGAUUUGGAUCUUUACACAGCUGAAGAUCCCAGAAGCACUUUACCACAAAGAUGGACAGAAACAGCAAACAGUCACAGUACAAGGUUGAUAAAAAGUAAUGAAGCAAGAGCUAUGUACCAUGAAACUCCACGUACUACCAAAGAAAGUUUAGCAAGCACAGUUGCAUUGAAGUGCCAAAUGUGUGGAAUAUCUAGUGGAACCUCAAGUUGCCAAAAAUGUGACAAUGUUCUUUGUAGCCAGUGCCCUUGUAGACAUGAAUAUCCAAAAGCAUUGAGUAUCUUAGCACGUUCUUCAUCUUUUCAAACUGACCUGUCUGCAACUUCUGCACUGAAAGAGAAAUGUGCACAUGGUACCACAUCACCAUAUCAAGAGCACUUACCCAGUUCCAAGAGUACCAAUAUAUUGCGCUGUGGAUUUUGUGACAAACCUGGUGCAAAGUUCACUUGUAUGAACUGUUCUAAGGUCUCCUGUAAUGAUUGUAAAAGUGGUUAUCAUUUGGAUUUAUGCAGCAAAAAUAAGUCGCACAACUUCUUUCCCAACAGCCAGCUCAGUUUCAAAUCUAGUAAAAAUUAUUCUGUAUACAGAUAAAUUGUAUAAUAUGAAAUAAUGAUGCAUGAUCAGCCCUGGAAAAAUCUAUGCAAGGAAUAUAUUGAAAGCUGGCAGAUUGUAGAAUGAAAAUUUUGUUGACAUAUAAUUGCUCACUGUGAUCUCUUGUCCUACAAUAUGCACCUUAAGGUAUUUAAACUGCUGCUAUAUUUUUCAAGGGCUGAUAUGUGUACAUAAAAGCUGCUUUAAUUCAUACCAGCGAUGCAGAAGAGGGUACUCUAGAAUCUUGAGCAAAACCAUUUGUAACUACAAGUGAAAGGGUGAACAGUUGAUGUUGGAUUUAACAUAAAGCUGUCAAAUGUUUAUAUAAACAAGCCUUGGUAUUGAUGUGCAAUUUUCCUUUUGUCUUUUUCUAAUGUGAUGGUGUUUCAUAAUUAUUUUUUACUUGCAAUAGGUGAACAAGUGUGUUUUCUGAAAGACGUCCCUAUCUUGCUUUGGGCUAAUUUUUUUGUUGAAAACUUAAAUAAUUUUUUGACUGCUUAUAUGAAUAAAACAUUUGGCACUGCUAAAUUUUGAGGGUUUGUCUUAGCCCAAGGUUGAAUUGUGUAUGAACUUGGAUAAACACAUACUCUGAAUUAUUCUUUUAUGUGUUUACAUUACUGAGAGCACUUUUUAAAGACAUUGUGAAGUUCAUAGACCUUUUUUCCAUAGCUGGAAUGCCAUGUACACCAGAUCUCUGACACUGAACUAAAUUUAAUGUGUUCCAUUCGCAAUGCAUAUUUUUUGCCAUUUUGAUUUUAACAAGUUAAACUUCUGUUAAGUAUAACCUUGUGUCAAGUUCAAUUGAUCUUUCAGCAUUGGCUUUAAUACAUCACUUAACACUAAGGUAACUGUAAGAUGUUAUUUUUAUACUUGUUCUGCUUGCAAAGUCACUGACUCUUAGGGGUGUGUUUAUAUUGCGUCUUGUCAUUACUGGGAGCUUAUCAGAUUUCUUUUGUCUUAAUGGAAAGUGUGCAUAAGGAAUAAAAGAUCUGACUCAACUCAGAUCAAAAAUCAAUAAAGGCUUCUGCUGUUUGUAGUGCGUGGCAUAGAAUUAUGAGGUAGUGACUAUACUCCUGAAUUUAUAAUGAAGCUUUCACAAUGUUCCUAUUGCUUCACAGCUAAAGACAUACUUUCUAAUAUGUAAUAAUGGUAAAUGUGGCAGUCAGAAACAAUUUGCUACAGACAGACAUGUGACAAUAACCAUCCAACCUGCUAGGAUGUUUGAGGAAGGAAUGUAGGCCAACUCAGAGGGAUAGCUUGUGAAUAUGUUACAACUGUACUAAACAUUUUGGAAAUGGAAUUUCCUGUUUACUGUAAGUGAAUGCAGAAUGUUUCCAUACACAAUUUGUACCUUUCUGUGGAAUUUUAUUUAUGUAUCUAGAAUCUAUAUACUGACACAAUUUAUGCAGUCCACAAUAAUAUUUUUGACAAUCUGUAAUGCAGUUGAUAUGAAUGGAAGUAUUUAACUUUGGCCUUCUUGAAUGAAUUAAAGUUCUGUUGCUUCAUAGCUACCCAGCAAGAAUAUAUCCAAGUUUUGUUAUAUUUAGUGGACUUGGGCUCAAACUGAUUGUAAGAGAAAUUAAAAUUUCCCUUGUCUUCAUAAAUAACAUCACCUUUGAAUUGUACAAGUCUGAAAGUCAGGCCUUUGUGUUCAGGAUUUUUCCCCAUCAGUUACCUUAACAUCUCUAUUUGAUCAUCACUUAAUAUUCUGUAUUUGGUAUAAUAAACUAUGACUCAUUUUCUUGAACCAGAGAAGAUUGAGAUGUGAUGUAAUUAAAAUAGUUAAAAAAUUAUCAGAGAUCUAAAUUGAGUUAAGGAUAGUUGUUUCCAUUGCUAGAAAGAUCAAGAACUAGAGAAUAAGGUGACCGUCAUGAUAAACUUUCUGAAAGUGGAAUAACUGUCUGAAAGUGGUGAAGCAGGUUUGAUUGAAACUCUGAAAAGGGCAUUAUUGGGUAGAUAUUUGUAGGAGAAAAGAAGAUUGUGGGGAGUAACUAAUUGCAUUAAAAUUGCAGAGAACUGUUGUGGGCUCAAUAGGUCAAAAAUGACCUUGCUUAAAUAAUUACUAUGAUUCUAUAUAGGAUACUUGAGCUAGAGUGAUCUAUUUUCAUAAAUGAAUCCUUUUAGGCCAUAAUUGAGUAUUAAAUAUGCUACCCACCUUACUAUAAUAUUUGUAUAUUCUUUGGAUUCUUGUGCCCUAACAAUGUAGUAAUCUAAACACAGUCUAACCAGAGUUCUGUACAAUUAUAGUAUACUGCCAUCCUGCCUACUGAAACUCCUUUUUAGCUCAAUGCAAUUUAUUUCAAUGUACAAUUAAUACUUUUCUGCAGAACCCUUAAUAGCCUGCAUUCAUUGGAUUUGUGUAGUUUAUGUAUGUGACGUGUUUAGUGUUUUGUUAUAGGCAAUGUGGAAAGCAGUUUAAAGGAACAGGAAGUCCAUUCUGUUUCUCUGGACUGUAAUAAAUUAGUCAUAAAAACUACUUUUGACAUUCAUGCCUUCUGUGAUUCCUCUGCAUGGACUCAUAUUUCUGUUUCUACAUAGUUCUUUGAUUUUUGAUAAUAAGGGAAGUCUCAGAUCUGUCUUUCUUUUCAAGGAAAACUAUUUCACAUUUCAUCACUCACAUUUUUCUAGUAAUGACCCUCACUUUGUAAAAGGCACUGAACAGUUUUGUGGACUGCAAAAAGCAUGUGACAGAUUGCAGGGUAUAAAACAGGAUGGUGGAAGAGGCACAGCAGAUGAAUUUCAAUGUAGAAAAAUAAAGUGGAAUUUGGAAGCAAAAAUGAGGAAGGGCACUACAGAAUCAAUAAUCUGAAAGGGCAAGAACUAAAGGAUCUGUGAGAAAUACGUUUGCCACAGCAGAUUGAGAAAAUGAUUAGUAAGGUAGUCACAUUCUCAGCCUUCUAAGUAGAGGCAUUGAGUACAAAAGCAAUGAAUUCAUGCUAAACCUUUAUAAGACACUUAUCUGGCCUUAACUAGAGUAUUAUGUUCAAUUGUGGUCAUCCCAUUGUAGGAAUAAUCAGACAUUAGAGAAGGAUUCACAGAAGAUGUAUAGAAGUUAAAGGACAAUUCAGAGGCUGUGAUUUUGGAGAUGAAAAAGCUGAGAGGCAAUUUGAUAUAAAUAAGAGUGGAUGUUCAAUUCUGAAGAUAGAGUUGUUUAAAUAAAUAUAGAAAUAACAGGUUAAAUAAAAGUGUUUCAUUUGCUAUUUUCUAAUCCAAAGAGGGACCCGAAAUGAGCAUUAUAGAAGACCAUGUCUGAAGGACAAAAUGUUUAUGAUGAGAAACAAAAAUACAAGGAAAAGGUUUAGGAAGGGAAUUCCUGAAGUUAGACCCUUGCAUUGCUUAAGAUAGGAUUGUCAGUGACGGGCAAACAAGUGAUGUUGUCACUGAGACCAGACCUGAAGGAGUGAAAAGUUUGUCCAGCGUUUUAGGCUGGAAAGUUUUAAGAUCACCCCAUCUAGAAAUCUCCAGUUUGCUGCUUCAUUCAGUAAUCCAGUUGUAAAUCCUGUAUCUCAUCCGACUUCCUGCCCAAAACCCUAAAUUCCCCUAGGGCCCUAUAAUCAAUUGCUUUCAUUCUUGCAUCCUACCAAGCAUGUCCAGUUUCCAGAUGUGUUUUGCAAAGAUUUAUAACCCUUUAUAUAAACAAAUUAUGGUUGACUCCUAAGAGAUGUCCCUGGUUCUUAAUGCUGGUGUAUAAGCAACUGGCUUCUUUCAGAAUCCUGCAUGGUUAAAUGAAAUUAGUUCUCGGUGUCCUAAAUUCCUGUAGCAUAAAUAAAUGCCAUCUUGUUUGAUCUGCUUUUCACUUUUCAGUUCUUUGAUCCAGAAAUCAGUCAUGUGAUGUUCUGCACCAAAUGUAUUGGUUCAUGAGUGCAGGAGACCAAACUGCACAUUGCAGAGUUGAUUAUUAACUUCAGGAAGUGGCAGGAGGGUGAAUGUAUACUGGUCAACAUUGGGGAAUCAGUAGUGGAGGCAAUCAAUUGCUGUAAACUCCUGGGUAUUAACAUAUUGGAUCAGCUGUCUUGGCUCCAGCGCCUUAAUGCAAUUAUUUAAAAGAUGUGCUAGCAUUUUUACUUUCUUAGGAGGCCUGUGAUGUUUGGUAUGGCAAUUCAAAUGCAUGGGAAUAUAAAAAGCUGCAGGCAUUAGUGGACGCAGCCUAUUACAAUACAGACAACUCUAUUCAUUACUACAGUUUAGCAACACUGACGACUUUGAUCAUCUGGCACUAAAAUUGACUUUUUGUUCUAAAUGUGUUUUUUUUUCUUGUAAAUAUUAUGUAUAAUUUUUGUUUUAUAUAUGUAUUUCUGUGAAUGCUGCUUAUAUGAUGCUACGUGUCUGUGUGGCUGCUGGAAAUAAGUUUUUCAUUGCACCUGUACCUAAAGGUAAUUGUACAUAUGGCAAUAAACUUGACUUUGACUUUCACCUGGGGCUCAAGGUAUGAUUGGACCAUCAUUCUAUGGCGGAACAACAAAACUUCCUU